AUGAUUGACGCGUUCCCAGCACGCACGGUCAAGAAUGAAGAGACUACUAGUGAUGACAGUCGAACCGAAGACGGUCGGCACUCGGAAGAUCACGAUGUCAAGGAUGAUGUGAGCGAGGACGUGUCCAUUCCUGCGGAGAAGGCUGACAUGAAGACCGAACCGGCCAAUGAAAGUGUCCAGGACAUUAUUGCUCCUUGGAAAUCUCCCAAACAGGAACCCGUGGACGGUAUGGUGCAACCUCGUGUACUACCACCAGUGGGCAAGCCGACUCGCUACACAAAUCAGCUCGACUUUUUGUUGAACAACGUCAUCAAGUACGCCAUCAAGCACAAGCAUGCAUGGCCCUUCCUCGAACCAGUCAACGCUAUCAAAUUGGAGCUGCCGGAUUACCAUAAUGUAGUCAAGCGACCAAUGGAUAUGACGACUAUCGAGAAGCGCUUGAAGAAUUUCUAUUAUUAUUCGGCGUUGGAAUGCAUGAAUGACCUUCGAACCGUCUUCGCUAAUUGUUGCCUGUUCAACCAAGCUGAUGAUGAUGUGACGUUGAUGAGCCGCAACGUGGAAAACUACAUUAGAGAGAAAUUGAAAUCUAUGCCGGCAGAGGAGCUCGAGAUCCCGAAGACCAAGCGUGGCGGAAAAGCGGGUCGGAAACCGGGUGCACCCGCGAGAGCUGCCUCUACUGCUUCCAAAGGUCUGGACGAUCUGAAGUACCUUGACAUGUUACAUAACGCGACCCGAGCGGCGUCACGGGAACCCUCGGUUGCGCUGUCUCGUUCCGGAGAUACUGUAUUUCCUCAGGACUCUGCGAUGCCAGAAAGCCAGGCAUCCACUUCUGAUAUCGAUCCUCCGAUAGCCCCGGCCCCGAAAGUCAAAGGCGUCAAGCGGCGUGCAGAAACUGCUGAGGAUCCAGCGCCUCCCCCGGUCCGACAUCGUCUCCAACAGUGGGUCGCUCCCGACUUUUCCUUGCUGCCGGCGCGGCUGCAAGGCAAGAUGUCUGAGCAGUUGAAGGCUUGCGGAAAAUUGUUGAACGAGUUGACUGGCAAGAAAACACAGGCCUUCGCUUACUACUUCUAUGUGCCGGUUGAUGUCAUCGCAUUGAAUUUGCCCACGUACUACGACGUCGUCAAAGAGCCAAUGGAUUUGUCUACAAUUCGAAAGAAGCUGGACCACAAACAAUACGCCGAUCACGACGAAUUCUUGGCCGACAUCGAACUGAUGGUUGCGAAUUGCCAUAAAUUCAAUCAGCCCGGUGAUAUGGUGUACGUCGCUGGCUCGGACCUUUUGGAUUAUGUGCGCAAGCGUUGGCCCAAGAUUGUGGCAAGCGGCCAUCCACCAGCUGUGGCUCCUCCGCCGGAACUUACGAUUUCUACCGGUCCGAGUGCUGCAGUUCCGGUAGCUGACCGCGUCGAGCACUACAUGUCCAAACUGCAAGAGGAAUCUGAGAAAGUGCAAAAUCGGCUUUGCGAGCUCCAGCGUCUUGGACAUGAACUUUCUAUGCUGAAACAAAAUCACACGGACAACGGUUUGGUCGGCGAAACCCAAAUGCCGCCAACGCUGCUUGCUCAAUUGACUGCCCUGCUCGAGCCUCCGGUGUACACGCCUCGUUCUCAAGAGCGUGCCCCGCUUCGCCGCACCAACUACCGCGAAGAGAGCCCGGAAGUCAUCAAGCAGCGCGGUCGAAUGCCCAAGCCUACAGUGGCCAUCCCACAAGUCGUCGAUUACCCAGUGCUGCCUCCUAAAUCGAACCGAGGUCGUAAGCCGGGCAGCAAGAACAAGCCGAAGGUGGAGGAGAACGGCAAGGCUGCUUUGCCGAAGGAUGAUGCCUGGCGUUUGGAAUAUGCUUUCGAUAGCGACGAGGACCAUACACCGAUGAGCUACGAUGAGAAGAAGGUCCUUUCUACCAACAUCAACAAAUUGCCCGGCGACCGGCUGAUCAAGGUGGUCAGGAUCAUCGAGCAUCGCGAAGGCAUUGACUUGCAGAGUUUCAACCCGGACGAGAUUGAGAUCGACUUUGAGACGCUGAAACCGAUCACGCUGCGUGAACUGGAAGCCUACGUUUUCCACUACAAGCAUGGUGGCAAUCGUUCUCUCGCCCAAGCCGCUGCUGCUCCUCAGACGCCCAAGCGCCCCAACAACAACCGUCCUGGCGUGCCCGCCGCCAAUCGUUCACCAUCGUCCUCCAGCAGUUCUUCAGACUCUGAUUCAAGCUCGUCAUCUGAUUCUGAGUCAGGUCUGAAGGGCAAAUGGAAGAAGUCGGCGCUGAAGAAGCAGCAACUCCUGGCUACCGCCAACAAGAAGGACCCGAAGAUCGAGGCACCGCCGACCAAUGGCCAUCUCGUUGCCGUGACCAACAACCCCGAGCCGAUCGUGAACAAGCGUGAAAGCCCGUCCGGCGAAUCGAAGCCGAUCAUCGCGCCUCCGCGCACCUCGCCUCCGAAACAACAGGAAAAUGAGAUUCGCGGCAUCGUUCACGCUGGUGCCAUGCCUCUGCUCGUCAGCGCCAAGCCUCAAAAGGAAUCUAGCAAUUCGAUUUCCAUCCUGGAUCAGCUGCUUCCGGACAACGAUGCCCCGAAGGACAGGGACUCCGGCACUCGAGGUGUUUUCGACCAGUUUAAGAAGCAGCAGAAACAGAAGGAAGAAAAGAGGCAGAUGCUUCUUGCUGAAGAAGAGAGAAAGCGCCGCGAGAAGGAAGCCAGGGAAGUUCCGCGUGCUAAGGACGAGGAGGAGGAGCGGAUGAAGAUGGAGCGUCUCCGCGAGCAGGAACGCCGCAAGCGCGAGUCUUUGGGUAACACCUUCGACAUGGCCGCACAGAUGGAGCUGAUGACUAACUUCGAAGCGGACUUC